AUGUUGGGGAAGACUCUUACCACAGAUCCCCCCGAUAUAUCGAAAGACAAUUUUGAAGACCAGCUGGGCUCGGAUGAUCUGCUGGUGCACUAUUUCAACGAAUUCUUGAGACUUCCGGUGUUUUGUGAGGCUGUAAAAUACAACAAGAACACAGGAGCCUUUGAGGAGGUUACCGAUGCUGCAGAACUGUUGUCCCAGCAGAUCAGAGCAACGCUGCUGGAAUAUAAAUCAAAACUCCUGACUGACCCUGCAGAGCUCUCAUUGAGACCUCUGAUUGACAAUAGCUAUGCAGUCCUUUGCCUGGACAGAGAACAAGGGGUCCAGUGGAUCAAGAGAGAACGACUGCCUUUAUUUCUGCGUAGUGAUUGCUACUUUGAGUACAGGCUCGCAAAGUUGUUGUCUCAGGUGGACAGCGGUUGCCUGGGUCAAAGGUUGCAGGUGAACUCUGCUUACCGCCCUUGGGGUGUGACCUCAGAGCAUAACUCUGCCCCUGUCCCAAUGCAAGAUGGAAAUAAGAAACUCAUCAAGGUGCCAUAUGACAUCAUGAGUCAGGCCUCUGUGACAGACGACAAGGAUUGGUUCAUGUUAGCCAAUCAAAGCCAGGCAUCCCUGAGUGCCAUGUCUUCACUGACGCCUGUGAGCUCGCUGGAUGAGAUCAGUGUCUGCUCCCCCAGUUCUGGCUCUGUGGAUGAAGGGAGCUGCCACAGCACCCCACAGGCUGACUCCAACAAGCCCAACAGCCCAAGGAGCAGUGAUGGCGGCAGUAAAGGAGAGCCACAGUGUCCCCCAGAGGCAGUGAAAGUGUACCUCACUGAGGCCAGGUGGACAGGGCCGUCCCAUGGCACCUCAGCUCCCCACACCCCUACUGUCAAUGCCUUAGAACACUUUGCAGACUCCCUGGUGGAACAGGCUCUGAGGAAUGCAAUCUUGAAGAUGGAAGGCAACUCAGCGUGCACCAGUCAGAGGGCUGGAUCAAAGAGCCCCACCCCGACACAGGAGAAUGCGGUCCAACGCGGACAGUCGACAGGGUCAUGCACAGAAUCCUGCAUAGAAGGGACCUCAGCUGCUGAGACUGCCCAAAAAGAAGAAGAGGGCGGGGGUUUGGGAGACGAGGCCGAGGGGAAAGAAGAUGUCACAGGAGACACCAGAACAUUUCUGCGGGAUUUCAGGAGCUUUUUAUGUGGAACACCCGGCGAGAGGCUCCUCUGUCUUUGGCUGGAUAUUGAGCGGCUAAAGUCGCUCAGCAGCAUGAAUAGCAAAAACAGAUGGCUGGUUCGGAUGAUGAGCCGUUACAUGUUGAGUGAUGGACAAUUUGCACUUCGGGUUGAGGUGCUAUCCAAACUUGGUUUGGCCAGCACCCCCUGCUGGAGGGAGGAUAAACUGCGACUUGUCCAGCCCCGCCUAAUAGAAGCCCUGCUCCUGUACUGGUGCCCACGGUUCUGGACAGCCCCCUCUGUGUGCGAGGAGGGCGUGCUCGCCUGUCUGAGGCGGCUGAGGGAGCGGCAGCUGCGCCCGCCCGCCGGCAUUGACCCCAGCCCCCGCACCGUCACCCUGCUACCCCUGCGCCCCAGCUCCUGCACGCCCCGCCUUGGCCCCUCCUCCGGCCUGCAGUCAGGUGAUUAUGGCGGCAGCAGCAGUCCGUUGCUAGGUGGCAGGAGGAUGGAAUGUAUGCUUCAGGCCCUGCAUAGGGAUCCCAGGGCAGGGCUCUGCUUUACCCGCUUCUGUGAGAGCUCCGGGAACCAGCUGUGGGAGAACGCCGUCCACUUCUGGACCGACCUGCAGGAGUACCACAAGCUCUUUUACGGGGACGGGCUGGACCCUUACCGACUACAGCAGCAGGCCCAGCUCCUGUACUCCACCUACCUGUGCUCGGGUGCGCUGAUGAGCAUUGGAGUGGAUGAGGAGGUCAGGAGGCGGGUGUAUAUGUGCCUGACCCCGCCAUUCGAGGAGCUGUUCGACGUGGCAGAGGAGCAGGUGCUGACUGUGCUGCUUGAACCCUGGGCACUGCUGACCUCCAGGGACAGGGCCACCUAUGAGAAGGUUGAUCUGUGGGAGGAGACGCGGCAUGUUAACACAGCUCAAUACAGGAAGCUGCAGGCCCUGCACAGGAAGUUGCUGCUCAGGCUAAACCAGGUGAACGGCGUACGUGAGUGCAGCCCCCCUACUCCACCAGCAGAGGGGCCCAGUGAGCCAGAUUUGUGGGAACAGGUCCCGGAACAGUUCCACAGCUACCGCCUGGGGUCUCUGCUUCGCAACCGCCUGGAGCUUCAGCACUUCCACUCCUUCCUGGAGGAAAACUUUGCCAGCAUGGACCUGAUGUGCUGGCUGGACAUUGAGCACUUUAGGCGGCUCCCUCAAAAGGACAAAGCUCAGAGAGAGGAGAAGUCCAAGGACAUCAAGAGCAAAUACCUCGGCAGGAAGUACUUCUUUGGGCCCAACAGUCCUGCGACCAGGGAGCAACAGGAAGAGGUGAUCCGACUGGGCGGCGGCUGGGGGCGGAUCCUCCAUGACCGGCUCUCCGGCCGCAUGCUGGCGGAGGUGCAGAGCCACGUCAGGCACCGCAUCGAGAGGAAGUGGCUGCCCCUCUUCCUGUCUACACCCCAGUUUGUGGAGCGGCAGAAGCUGAAGCCCCAGGUGGAGGACGUGGUGGAGGACCAGCUCUUCCUCCGGCACAGGAAGAAGAGGGAGGUGUGGAAGCACGUGGACAGCACGUGGAUGGCAUCCUCCAAGGAGAUCCUGGCCUUCCGCAGGGCUCUCCUGAACCCCGUCACCUGCCGCCAGUUCCAGCGCUUCGUGUCCCUGAAGGGGGACUUCCUGGAGAACGGGGUGCUCUUUUGGCUGGAGGUGCAGAGGUACAAGGACCUUUUCCACUCGCACUGUGAUGAGGCCACCAUCCAGCAGAAGGUCACCCUCAUCAUCAACACCUUCAUCAACUCGUCCAUCCCCCCCGCCCUGCAGAUCGACAUCCCCCCCGAGCAGGCCCGGGACAUCCUGGAGAGGAGGGUGGAGCUGGGGCCCUACGUCUUCAGAGAGGCCCAGGCGUGUGUGUUCAGCCAGCUCUUUAAGCUGUGGCCGCAGUUCCUGUCCUUCAGGAGCAGUGUGGAGGAGGAGCUCAUCCUGCCGCUGCUGGAAAGCAAGAAGGAGAGACAGAAGGAGAAACUGUGGCGGCGGAGGAGAGAGGAGGAGAGGAGGGCGCAGGAGGAGGCCGAGAAGCAGAAGUCCAGUUUGGCAGAGGGGCUGUUUGAGGACGAGGGCAGCGUGUUUGGAGAGGGUCACCAGGAAGGAGAGGCAGAGAGGGAGAGGGAGAACGGGAGGCUCAGUCACCCCGCCCCGCAGGUGUCCUGGUCCUACUCCAAGUAUGUGGCCGCUCUGGAACAGGAGCAGGCGCUGCUGCGGAGACGCGCUCGGCUGGAGCAGGGCGUGGCCUCCCUCUCUCUGUCCUCGGGAACAGGCUCCUCCUCGGGGCGCAGCAUGAAGUCAGAGGGCAGCAGACGCAGCCGCAGCCAGCGCUCCGUCCUCUCCCCCCGAACCCACAACAUCCCGCAGUGA